CGAGCUGCCUUGAUUAUGAGGGGAGCCGGUUGUCGUUAGUUGGAGCCACUUGGUACGGACAGGUCAAGCCAGCCAUCAUGGAUCACAAGCAAGAGGGGACAAUGUCAGAAGGUGCAAUUUUUCGCACCGCAUUCUUCUACGUCUUCCUGAUCCUGUUUGUGCCAGUGGCGGCGUUCUUCGCGUCGCGGACCGUUCUCUUCGAAGCUAUGCUCGGCCUGGACACGUCCACGAGCACGCUGUACGCCGCCGUGGUGACUGUGAUCGUGAUUCACGCCGUGCUCGGCCUGUACGUGACCCGGGCGUUCAGCGAGGCCGAGAAGGUUGGCAAGAAGGACUAGCGCACCCUCACGCGCAGGCGGUGCGGACGGCGGGUGGCACGCGGGCAUUCUGACGGCGGUCUACGGGGGAGGUCGCGAGAAGUGCUUGAGUGGACGGUCCGCCAGCCAUACCCGAGCAUAUUGCUGGCGUGGCGUCACCAUG